UCGGCAGUAGCAUUGGUAAUGGAGUCAGAAGCUGGGAUAUCAAGUCCUCCUCCCAGUGUUAUCAAAGAGGAACUUAUCAAGAAACUUAUUAUUGGUGUAUCAAAGUUUUGGUGUAGUUUAUGGAGACUUACGUCCCCGUUAUAUGUCUAUACAAGCACUUUCGUUGGGAGAUUGCAAGAUCAUCAAAACGAAGAAGCGAUUUUCGGUGCAUUCUCAUUGAUUUUCUGGACGCUUACAUUGAUACCUUUGGCUAAGUAUGUCUUAAUCGUUUUGAGUGCGGAUGACAGUGGUGAAGGUGGAACAUUUGCGCUUUACUCAUUGCUCUGCAGGCAUGUCAAAUUUAGUCUACUUCCAAACCGACAGCCAGCUGAUGAGGAGUUAUCCGCAUAUGGUCCCUCAACACAGUUAGCAGUAUCCUCUCGGUUGAAAAAGUUCCUUGAGAAGCAUGAAAGAUAUAGAACAGCACUACUGAUUGUGGUAUUAUGUGGCGCGUGUAUGGUUAUUGGAGAUGGCAUUCUUACUCCAGCAAUUUCAGUUCUCUCAUCUGUCUCUGGACUAGCUACUCAAGUGAAACUAACUGAAGCUGAGGUAAAUCUUAUUGCGUGUGGUAUAUUGGUGGGGCUCUUUGCGCUGCAACGUUUUGGCACCCACUGGGUUGCUUUUCUGUUCGCACCCAUUGUUAUCAUUUGGUUGAUGUCACUUUUUGCCAUCGGACUGUAUAACACAGUAUAUUGGAAUCCUAAGAUUGUGGUUGCAAUGUCUCCACACUAUAUCAUCAGGUUCUUUAGAGAGACGGGUAGAGAUGGUUGGAUUGCCCUUGCAGGAAUUCUUCUUUCCAUUACAGGUACUGAAGCUAUGUUUGCAAAUCUUGGACAUUUUACUGCUUUGUCAAUAAGGCUUGCUUUUGCAUUUGUGGUUUACCCAUGUUUGGUAGUGCAAUACAUGGGGCAAGCUGCUUUCCUCUCUAAAAAUCUCUCUUCUAUUCCGACAAGUUUCUAUGACUCGGUACCAAAAACUUUAUUUUGGCCAGUCUUUGGAAUAGCGACCUUAGCAGCCAUUGUUGGGAGUCAAGCGGUCAUCACAGCUACCUUCUCUAUAAUCAAACAAUGCAAUGCCCUCGGUUGCUUUCCAAGAGUUAAAAUUGUUCACACCUCAAGACACAUGUUUGGACAGAUCUAUAUUCCAGAAAUAAAUUGGAUCCUCAUGAUACUUUGUCUUGCUGUGACAGUUGGAUUCCGAGACACAACCUCGAUUGGAAUUGCUUAUGGCAUUGCUUGCAUAACUGUUAUGUUUAUCUCAACUUGGCUGAUGGCGCUAGUCAUUGUCUUCGUAUGGCAGAAAAAUAUACCUACUGCUGCCGCUUUUCUUCUUUUAUUUGGAUCCAUCGAGGGGAUUUACUUAUCCUCUUCAGUCACUACUGUUCCUCAUGGAGGUUGGCUUCCCCUAGUUCUUGCUUUGAUUUUUAUGGGAAUCAUGUACACUUGGCACUAUGGCACUCGCGAGAAGUACAACUUUGAUCUUCAUAACAAGGCCUCCUUGAAAUGGCUACUCACCCUCAGUCCCAGCCUUGGGAUUGCCAGAGUGCCUGGGAUAGGCCUCAUCUACUCAGAACUGACAACAGGGAUUCCAGCAGUCUUUUCUCAUUUUGUAACUAAUUUCCCUGCGUUCCACAAGGUCUUAGUGUUUGUUUGUGUGAAAUCAGUUCCAGUUCCCUACGUAUCACCCGAAGAAAGGUUCCUCAUUGGGCGGCUCGGCCCUAAAUCUUACAGAGUGUACCGCUGCAUUGUAAGGUAUGGAUACAAGGACAUCCAGCGGGACGACAGUGACUUUGAGAACCAGAUCAUACAUAGCAUUGCAGAAUUCAUCCAGAUGGAAGCAGCAGAUGUAUCCCAGUUCUCGAGCUCUGGGUCUCCAUCUUCAGGUGGAAGGACGGCGGUUAUAAGCAUCAGGUCUGUCGAAUCUUUAAUAGUUACUGAGCAAUUAGAGUUAGAGGUAAAUGCUUCCAUCCAAAGCAGCGAAUCCUCGACCUUUCAAAGCUUGCGGUCUGUGUAUGAGGAGGAGAACCCAUGUAUCAGAAGGAGAGUGAGACUCCAGUUACCACAAAGUUCAGCUAUGGACUCUUGUGUGAGGGAAGAACUGACGGACUUGAUACAAGCGAAAGAAGCAGGGAUAGUGUAUAUAGUGGGGAACACUUAUGUAAAGGCUCGAAGGUCAUCUUCAUUUUUAAAGAAGAUGGUAAUUGAUAUUGGCUAUUCGUAUCUGGAUAAGAAUUGCAGGGGAGCCUCAGUGGCGCUGAACGUCCCUCACUUGAGUCUCAUUGAAGUAGGAAUGAUUUACUAUGUGUAGCUGCAGGAUACAUAAUUCAGAUGAAAGUUUAUAUCAGCUAGAAGAGUCGCAAGAUUCUUCAACUACCGUUUAAACAUAAGAAAUUUUGUAUGCGUUUUCAGGUAUUGCCUGUCACCGCAUUGGUAAUUCUGUAACUAAAGCCUCUAGAAGACUAGAACAUAACUGUAAAAGCCACUAAACAUUUUGGGUUGUCUGAAACUUUCAUAGAAUGAUUGGCACUGUAUAAGCAAACCACCAACAA